AUGUCAGAUCGCACUAGUACCCUGGAGGAGGUCACAAAACAGUACCUCUUUACACAUGAUUUAUAUAAACUAAAUGAAUACAGAAAUUCGAUACUUUUGUCGGUGAACAUAGUAGGAGGAUCACGGUUCCUCGCAAUACUGGACGGAAUAUACGAGGAGGACGAUGACCCGGUGGUGAAGAAGGACAUAAUGAAGCUCCUGUACGAAGUGAUGUCGAGAACGGAAAACAUGUUCGAAGCGAGAGAAGUGAUCGAGUUCCUGCUGAAGUGCACGAGUCUGACGAUCUGUUUUCACCUGUGCAUCAACGCAACGAAGGCGCUGCUGGAAAGGCACUUAGAAAACGCAGAAGACAAGGACUACAGAAGCCUGGAAAGGCUGUACAGAACGCUGGCAGAAAAGAAGAUAUCGCAGUACCCGCAACAGUGCAGAAUGGACUUUUUGAAAAUAUCACUCCAAAUGGUUGAACUGACGAUCAAGAGGAAGGUGGCAGAGCUGGACAUAGAGCUGGUGUGCGACUCAAUAAGCGACGAGAAGGACCCGAGGAACCUGCUGACGAUGUUCGAGCUUUUGGAGAAGCUGGCGGCGAGAGUGGCGAGAAGAACAAAGGAGUUUGAGUGCAUAGCGAAGACAUACGCAGUGUACUUCCCAAUACAGUUCGUACCGCCGAAGAAGGAUAAAAUAUGCAUAAGGCCGCUGGAGCUGAAGAAGAGGCUUUUGAGCUGCUUCAAAGCGAACAAGAGGCUGGCAGAGUACUCAAUGGAGCUGCUGUUGGACUCGCUCUACUCGGAUCUCACAGUGGACGAUAACCAGUCGGUGCUGACGGACACUCUAUACUUUCUUAAAAACUGUAAGCCAGUGUACGGAACAACAUUUGAAAAGUACACUAAAAAUUUCUUACAAGUAGUUAAGAUGGAGUUGCUAGGAACACCAGUAGUAGAAAGCGGCCUCGAAAAGCUGAACAUAAGAGUGGAGGAGCCUAAAAAUCUGGGAAGGUUGGACGUGGCACAGAUCAAUAAAAUAGGAAAAGCAUACUAUAAGGGGUCGAGAGACCUUGAUGAAAAAGUAUGGGUCUUUGGAGAGAUUAUGAGGCUGUUUAUUAACUCACUGGAUAAGGUGGAGGAAAGAGAAGUGACGGAGUUGUUGGAUGGAAUAAGGAAGACGAUGCAUCUUAACUACUCGCUGGCAUACAUGGUGGAAGUGCUGAGUGAAAACAGUCAACUGCACAAUCAAAUCAUAGAAAGGAUAGUGCUGCCACUGAUAAAGGAAGUGUACGGACUGUAUGAUCAUUCAUUGCGGAACGAAGGAAACGAAGGAGAAGAUUGGCACCAAGUUGAUCAUGGACGCCGCGCAAGAAGGUCAAGCGACGAAGAUAAGGUGGCAGAAGAAGAGUGGAAAAAAAUAGACUUUAACAGAAAGGGGGAAAUGUGUAACAUACAUACAAUAAUAAGUAAGUGCAUCAUGCCAAAGAUACUCAUCAAUUUUAAAAAUGAUAAAAUAAGUGAAAAAUUGUUGGUAUUUUUGCUAAAAAUAGAUAGAAAUAAAAACGGGUUCUUUAAAUAUAACAGGGAGGGAGUGAGUAAUUAUUUGAAACUGCUACUGCUGUCAGCAAGCAUAGUGAGGGGAAGGGUGAUAUAUGAAAUCAUAGAAAGGAUGAUAGGGAAGCUGUUUGUAGUGGAUGCUGUGGUAGCAAAAGCGAGCCUCAGCAGCAGUGGAAGCAUUCCCACGGCAUAUAACGGGAGAACGACAAGUCGCAGCAUUGAUCUGGCGAGUGGUAACCGCCCUUUUAGCUAUACUGCGAAAAAUGCCGGAAACACCUACGCGCCCUUUAAUGUGAGAGCGACGAGUCUCAGUUUUGAGAGAGGGCCUGGUAGCAGUCAAGUGCAGUACAGCGGAAGAUCCAACAGCAAUAGUGGCGAAAGCAUCAACAGUAGCAGGCCAUUUACAUAUAGCGCAAGAGCCACUGCCACUGCCACUGCUAGUGAAAGAGCCGCUAACAGUCACAUACCGUAUGCCGUAAGAACUGCAGGCAACGGCUACAUAUAUUCAAACACAAACACAAGUCGCAGCAUGGAUAGCAGCAACAGCGACGCCACGUCGGCAGAGGUGACAAGUGCAAGGAUAGUGGUCAAGUGGGAACAGACGGAGGCAUACUGGACGGAAGUGGCGCUGAACCUGAAAGUGCUGACGUCAAUAUACAAGAGCCACAAAGGAAUGUGCUAUCCAAUAGUGAAGGUGCUAAACGCAAUGGUGCCGGCGAACGUGAGAGUGAAGGGAAGUAACUUCAUGCUGACGAGAAAUGUGAAAAUGAGCACGAAGAGUAACCUGCUGGUGUCGUCACAAAUGGCAGAGCUGCUGGGAAUAACACUGAGUAAGUGGAGAGGGCCGAAGGAAAACGAGGACAUGGAUAGACUGGUGAGGAACAUAAUACAAGUAGUGUACAGCGGCCUGGAAGAAAUGAUAAGAGUGAUGAACAGAAAGUACGUGUCAGUGCACAGCAGCAUGGAUACGUACAGGGCGAAUAGAGUGGGCCUAAAGUACCCGGCGUGGACUAGAAAGGGAUCGACUUACGAAAGUGACGGCGUAAGUAGUGGCAAACUCAGCGAAAGCGGUGGUGAGCUCAGUAGAAGUAGCAGUGAGAGUAGCCUAGCAGUGAGUGGCAGCGGUAUAAGUGAUAGUAACAUCUCGGAUGGGCUGAUAAGCGACGGAAACAUACUGGCGGCAGACUACAAGAGAGUGGAGGGCGCAGCGAACGGGGGCGAAGGAGGGCGUCAGAGUGGCCCAAGCGUCGCACUGAAAAGAACAGACAGCAGCCCCAAAAGCAUCAACAGCGUAAGCAUGGGAGUGUUGCACUCACAGAGCCCCCUGGAAAGCUUCAGAGAGUACACGGACAGGAAGGACAAGAAAAACAGAUUUGGCUUCCUGGGAUACGUGUUCAGAGGGCUGAAGGAAAGAGUGGGAACCAUAGACAUAAGUGACAGCGAGGAAAAGGAAGAAAGGAAUUACACUAACGCAAUGAGACUUAUAUACGCGAACAUGCUCAUUGAUGUCCUGGAAUCGGCAUGUAAAACUUUGUUUAUGGAAGCGUUUGAAAGGAGAAGGCUGGUGGACUUCUUCGCAACGACGUUCAACUACUACAAGAACGCGCUGGAGGAGGCAGAGGAGUCGGCGUACACGGAGGUGUUUAAGGCGAAGAAGGUGCCAGUGCUCCUGAGUAUCCUGGGAAACAGCCUCGAGCUGGACAUGAGCAAGUACAUCGACCACAGGACGACAUUCAUGAACAUAUACCUGCAGAAGCCGCAGCUGUGCGGAAGCAGGGCGAAGCACACGCAGUCGUGCCUGGAAAACAUCUACUACAACUUCGGCUCAGUGGAGCUGAGUCUGGUGAACCUGGAGACGAUGGUGGUCUACAACGGCUACCUCAGGAACAUAGACGAGGUCUUCGAGUGCAGCUACUCGAACGGGUCGGUGCUGGUGAAGUGCGUGCAAAACAGCUACAAGUACGACUUCAGCGAAAUCACGGAGCAGGUGCGGCUGCUCGACAACUACAGGCUGACGAUGAGGGAGUACGACGAGCUGUUCUUCCUGUUCCUGCCAAUAUCGCUCAACUACAACAAGGGCGCCUUCAGACUGCAGCUGAUAGACAUCAGGGAGCGGUACAGAGCGCUGUACGAGAAGAGCGAGUUGGGAGGCCACGGGCAACAAGGUGGUGACGGGUCACCGGGUGUCCGAAAAGGAGGUCACGGCGUUCACGGAGGCGACCCUGAGGAAGGUGACGAUGUAUCGGGACGACACAGCGAGCGCUACGGGUCAGAGUCGCCGGGCAGCAAGCCAAGAUAUCAACGAUACGGCUCGCCACGCAAUGAAGGACAGGAGUCGCCGGGUAGCGCACAACGAUUUCACCGUUACGGACUCCAAAGUGAACGUUACGAGUCGCCACGGUACGGACAACAAAGUGAACUACGUGAACAACAAUCACCGGGUAGCACACCAAGAUAUCAACGAUACGGACAAGAGUCGGCAGUCAGCACACCAAGAUAUCAACGUCACGGACAAGUAGACGACGAAAAGGCAGACAGGAGAAGCUUCGACGAUAGGACAGAGAGGCUGCUGAACAUACUCUUCGAAAAGAUGGUGACGGAAAGCCACGAAGUGAUGCCGAACUACACGCACAGACUGGCGGAAAACUACUUCUCAAAGCUGGAGUUGAGAAUGUCGUUCCUGCUGAUACUGCUCCACAGAGGAGCCAAGAGGGUAUCAGAAGAGCACCUGAGGGAAGUGCUCGAGUCGAUGAGUGAAAUGGUGAGGAGCGUAGUCAAGUACCAGGAGGAGAGGCAGCGGAGGCACGAAAGGGACGGAGUGAGCGAGUACGUCAACUGGUGCUGCGACAGGUACCUCAUGUACGUGCAAGCACUGCUGUUCGGAGUGGUCUCGGAGGUAAACGGCUCGAGCAGCGAGGCGGCCGCGCCGCUGAAGAGGCUGCUCACGCUCAAGCUCGAGGGGGUCGUGGAGGACCUGCUGAAGAUAAGCAAGUCGAGCAAGGUGCCGUUCGCGAGAAUCCUGGCAAUACUGACGACGCACGUGAUAAUGUGCUCAAAGCAAAUGAAACUCAGCUGGGAGUCGAGGCGGAAGGUAAGAAGAGUAGAUAUUAAUGUACUCAAGCAAGAAAGUGAGAGCAAUAGCAGUGCUAUGCAGGCAGGAAUGGCUGAAUAA